GAAGACGUCAUCAUGCCGCAGCUGACAUCCGGUGCAAUAGAUCUCAUCAAUUCGGGGAAAACGGUCGAUGAACCUGUUCUUAAACUACUGGGUUACAAAAUUGUACCUGGUGGCACUGGCGGGCAAAAUCGUUAUCGUUUGCUUUUGUCGGAUGGCGUUAAAACACAUUCAUUUGCAAUGUUGGCGACGCAACUGAAUCACUUGAUUGAAGGGGGGCAGUUGGUUAAUGAUACUGUUGUUCGAAUCAAGAAAUACGUUUGCAAUAAUGUGCAAAACAAUAAGUAUGUCUUAAUUGUUUUGGACUUGGAGCUACUCGGCGUCGAACAUGACACAAAUUCCACCCGUGCUCCGUUCCGCACAGUUUCUGACAAUACAGCGGAAACAACAAAACCUCAGCCAUCUUCAGCACCUUUCAAACCGGCACCAAACGGCGUCAAGACUCCUCCGAAAUCAUCUUCAGGACCUUUUCCUGGUGGACAACCAUCCACCCCCGGGACUCCAUCAUCCGGACUACCUCGAGUAUUCCCCAUUCAGGGUCUAAAUCCAUAUCAGAACCGGUGGACUAUUCGCGCUCGUGUAUCACAAAAAUCUGCAAUCCGGACUUGGAGCAAACAAGGUCGCGAUGGAAAGCUGUUUAGUUUUGUCGUUGUGGAUGAGAGCGGAGAGAUCCGUGUGACAGCCUUCAAUGCAGAAGUGGACCGGUUUUUUGACUUGAUCGAGGUAGGUUUCUGGCAAAAUAACCAUAGUAUGCUGAAUAUACAUAGGUGUUUCUUCUACGCCAAGGUCAAUAAUUUUGGUCGUCGGACGAACCUUUAA